CGCGCCCGCGGGGCUGGCGGAAAAAGUUGCUGCGAGCGGAGCGCGGCGGCUGCGGGCCCGGCCGGACCAUGGACGACCUGGAUGCUUUGCUAGCGGACCUGGAGUCUACCACCUCUCACAUCUCCAAACGGCCCGUGUUCUUGUCGGAGGAAACACCCUAUUCCUAUCCAACUGGAAACCAUACAUACCAGGAGAUCCCAGUGCCCCCGCCUGUGCCACCCCCUCCUUCCAGCGAAGCUCUGAAUGGGACUGUGAUUGACCCUUUAGACCAGUGGCAACCCAGUGUCUCCCGAUACAUCCACCAGCAAUUUCCAAUACAAAUCUCAUUUCCUCAGCCUCAGUCCCAGUCUCCUGUGUACAGCUCCAGUGCCAAAAGUUCCAGUGCCUCUGUUCCCCGAGAGAGUGUCUGCUCUUCUUCCUCACGUGCCAGUGAAGAGGAGCACGUCUACAGUUUUCCCAACAAGCAGAAGUCUGCAGAACCAUCUCCCACCAUGAUGAGCUCUUCAUUGGGCAGCAACCUGUCAGAACUGGACCGACUACUCCUAGAACUGAACGCUGUUCAGCACAGUCCCCCUAGUGGCUUCCCAACAGAUGAAGCGAGCAGAAGCCCCUCCCUGCCCAGUGGGACUGGACCUCACUAUGUUGUCCCAGAGAGCAGUAGCUCUUUGGGGAUGAAGGCAGCACCCCCUACAAAAGAGAAGCCAAAGCGGAAUGGAGGACGUGGGAUUGAGGAUGUGCGUCCCAGUGUGGAGAGCCUUUUGGAUGAACUGGAGAGCUCUGUGCCAAGUCCAGUCCCUGCCAUCACUGUGAACCAGGGUGAGGUGAGCAGCCCACAGCGGGUCACCUCCAGCCAGCAGCAGACUCGCAUAUCUGCUUCUUCAGCCACAAGAGAACUGGAUGAGCUGAUGGCAUCUCUCUCGGACUUCAAGGCUGUUUCCACUAUGUCACUGAUUUCUGAAGCCUCCCUGGAGCUGCUUUCCAGCCCAACAAAUCCAGACUCAAUUGACUCUGCUCCCGGUACAGUUCUGCUGCCCCAGUCAAAACCCUAUGGGACAGGCCAGAGCAGGGACCUACCAGUCCUGCUGCCACCUGCUGCCUUGGAAGUCCUUCAUAUUGAAGAAGAAGGCAGCAGCACUGCAGUUGCAGCUAAUCCAGGACGUUCUGCCACUACUCCACAGCUCCCCUCUGUGGCUCGGACGGGUCAGUCACUUCCAGAGGACUUUGCUAUUUCUGCUCCUUUUGGGGAUCAUGUGCUUUCUCUGAGCUCAGUCAGGCCGAGCAAAAAGUCAGAUCCUCCUAGAGAGAUGUCCCAGUCCAUGAUAUCCUCCAAGACGGAAUCUCUGUCUGUUCCUUCUAAUGCAGAGGCCCACAGUCAGGGGCUUGAUGAGGCAAAAGCCACUGAAAAGAAAGAGCAUAGAACUGAGACCAAGCUCACAACUGUUCCCGUUUCUAGCCCGAGCAUAACCAGCCAAGUGAAGGGGCAGACACCCAAGGAAUCGGCACAGCAGGCCAUUUUCAGGGAUAAUUCAGCCUUUCCUUCCCAGAAGGAUGGAAAAAUGGAAGCAGCUUUAGAUCAGCUGUGGGCUCUGGAGCUAUCUGAGCUUAUACCAAAGCUAUAUUCUGAGAAUGACCAUGUCCUGCAGUCAGCAUGUGAACCUGAGAUUGUGGCUGUGGACCGGUGGGAUGUCUUCCCAGAUACUAAAGGCCAGUUGGGUCUUGGAGCAGAACAAAGACAGAAGCAGGAUGCUGAAAUUGAGCAUGAAAGCAGGACAGAUGACUCUCCUGAUAUGGCUAAAAAGAGGCAGAGCAGAGAGAGAACUCCUAGGAAAGGUGGCCCUACUAAAAGCAAACCAGGAGAAGACCGGGAAAGAGAGCAAGUCAGGAGCUCAACAGUCACUCCAGAAACCGCUGAAAAUGCUUGGAAGGAUGAAUUGGAUCUGCUGUCUGUCUCCAAGCCACCUAUUGAGAGGAUUUCUGCAUCAGGCCAGAUAAAAUCUGUAAUUGAGAGGACAAGAAAGACCUUAAACGUGCACCCAAUGUAUCGUGAGCGCUCACCGAGGCGGAAAGUAGGGCCAGUCAUAUUUCAUAAGACUGUGUCCCAGGAUCGCUUGAUUGAAGAGCUGCAAGACAGAUUGGGAAUCAGCAAACUGGAAGAGGAGGAAUGGAAAAGCCAGGAAGGCUGGCUGACUGAGGGAGUCAUUGUCACCGCCAGGCCACAAAGGAAGCAGCAGGAUGGUGGACAGCAAGUACAGAAGAUUAUAAUUCCUCCAGAAUCCCCCCUGCCCAUGAGAAGAACAGUCUCUGUGCCAGCUUCUCCCCAACUCCAGUGUCCCAAAGAAGCUGCCAAGAUUUUCCCUGCCAAAGCUGCUUCCUCUUCUCACUCUGUUCCCUCUCCACUCCCUCCACCUCCUCCUCCAUACCCACCACAACCUUCCUAUGUACCCUCUGCUACUGCUCCUAGUCCAGUCUCCUGCUACUUCAGCUUGCCUCCCCAGCCUCUGUUCCAGUGGGAGACUUCUUCUGAUGACUACCAGGAACUCUCUGUGGUGGGCACUCCUCCCUCUGAAGAACAUAGAUUCCUCCAUUCUCCCCAAGCCCAGAUUCCUCCUGCCAUGCUGAGUAAGCCAAUGGUAGCGUCUUCUCCUGCCAAGACACUAUCUUCUGUUGGCUGUCAGACUGAUGAAGAUCCAUUCUUCCCACCGAUGCAGGUGAUCCCUACUCCGCCGCUGGUCCGACGCACCAAUCCACUUGCUGCUCGGCCACCCCUCGUACCGCCCGCCCAUGAGAAGGCAGGAUACCCUUUCUGUUUCCCCUCUCAGCAUGGUGUGCUGUUAAGGCAAGAGGGAUGUGAUUCUGGCACAGUCCUCUGAGCUGUUCCUAGAGACCCUGUUGCUAUGAAUGCCGGAUUGUUGUUUUUCUAUGCAUGGUCUGCUGUUUGCAGGGGUAUUGCUGAACCUGACAGCAGUGGCAGACCUUUUAAAUUAGGGAAGGAAUUUGAAAGGCCUUUGCAUGAGCAUUUCUAGCACGCGAGUGUGGUGUGCAUUGGUAGUGUUCCUAAAGGGGCUGUGCUCAUGCGAGUUUCUCUACAAAGUGCAGGCAUUGGGGUGUGUGUGUGUGUGUGUAAUAUUUCCAGAAGGAACUGCAUCCCUUGCAGUACCACCAGUAAAGGUCAAGUCCACGCACGUUGUUCCGCACUGAGAUGUCCGUGGCUGCACUGAAGUUAGCUGAGGCUGGCUGGUCCCGGGGGCAGGGAGGGAAGUGUCACUGUGCAUUCCAUUCAUUGCCAUCCUCUCUGCAAGUGACACUGCACUUCUCAUAUGUCUAUUUCUAGUUGGUUUCUGCACCCCCUGUCCAAUGGCCACAGGCCCCUGGCCAGGAUGAGGAAGCAUGUGGCUCCCUGUGCCCCUCUGUUGCAUCAUAUGGGCACCCACACAUUUGUAUUGUUACCUUUUUUGUGUUGGCUCUGAAGUGCUACAGGGAUCAGACUAGGAAUGGUGCUGAAGCUAGAGAAAAAUCAGCUCCAGAGAAGCCUGGGUGUAAGGGCUAGGUCUACCCACUCCCAUUGCCUAUACUCUUGAGUUAUGAUCAGUCUGGAUUCACUGGUCUAAUUUUUAGAGGUGCUGAACGUCACCAAUUAACUGUACUCUGCACCUCUCAGGAUCAGGCCCCUGACUGCCCUGCAGUUUAGAGAGGGAGAAUCCUACACUCUGUGUCCAGCAAGAUGUUUCCUCUUCAUAACAUUGUCUUGGGGAAUUUGCACUGUAGGUAAAAGUGACAAAUGCUUGUGUGUCAGAUCCACAGGGUCUGGUCUGUGCCCCAGCCUGUAACCAGUCCUUUUGGGGUACCCCUUUAAUGUGCCAGGCCCCAAGGACCCACCCAGUUCCACAGGGGCAAGACUCCACAUAUUCUGAAACUGGGCUUUUGGGUGCCAGCAGCCCUGUUUCCCUCCAUGACUCCCUGCAGCAAAUCCGGCAGAGCCAGACUCCAGUGGGAGGUGUCCUUCACUCCUUCAGAGUGCAGUGCUCCCAGUAUUAGUGACAUCAAACCAAUGUAUCAGUCAGCUGGGGGUACAGAAUCUGAAAGUCCUUAGGGGUGAUCACAGAGAAGCAAAGAUUAAGACACAGUUCAGUGUGGCCAACGUCAGAGCUCUACUCAGCCAAGUUGCUGUAGAAUUCAUUUUGGCUCUGUCUUUGUCCUGUUGUCUGGUUUCAGGUGGGGUGUGUGUUCUGCGUAUCUCUCUGAGCACAGCUUAUAAAAUACCACCUGAUACCUUUCCUUUCUCCGUCUGCAUGCAGGACAGCUGAAGAGCUCUGGAGCAGAGACUGCAGAAAUUCCCUGAGGACUGUACAGUGCUUGCCUAAUGGUCCCGGGGCCUUUGCUCUGCUUCCCUGUAGAGAAAUGGGGGGGGGAAUCUUCCUCUUGGCUGUUGGUCGCUAGGUGUGAAUGUCCCAGGGACUGGAGGGUCCAUUGUCACUUCUGAUCCUCCACUUACAUGUGUAGACUUCAUUCAGUUGGUUUUGACUCUGGUUUCCAGCAAGGCUGCUGAGUCAACACCUCAUCCCUUCCCUUUACACUCGGUGCAAAACCUGGUGGUAAACUGAGGCACACAUAAGAAUCAUGGAAAUAUUACAAAAAUGCCCUUGUUCAUCACAGCGUAGAAUAAGAGUUUUGAAGGUCGAUGGACUAGAGAGAGACCUUUAUGUUGAGUGUGCACUUCAUGGUGCUGAACUGCCAGAACCAGCUGUCUUAGGAGAGGGGUCAGAGGGAUAGUAGGAAGGAGGUGUAUUAUGUUCCAUUAGGAGCAGAGCGUGACGGGUUGGAUCACAGAAACCCCCUGUGAGCUGCCACCUGAUGUGCCAAGACUACCUCUGCUCCUGUUUUCCCUGCCAGCUUAGGAUUCCAGCACCCUGUCUUGCUGAGCCAAACACUCCAGUCUGUCCCAACAAAGACCCAGGGUCUGAAUUACUUGCCCCAAAGCUGCAGAUUUACCUGAAAACAGCUCACAGAAGUGUGCUUGUCUUUAGCACUCAGAUCUCCAACUCCCAAUGGGGUUUAAACCCAAAUAAAUCUGUUUACUCUGUAUAAAGCUUAUGCAGGUAAACUCAUAGAUUGUUUGCCCUUUAUAACACUGAUAGAGAGAUAUGCACAGUUGUUUGCUCCCCCAGGUGUUAAUUAAUAAGUAAAAAGUGAUUUUAUUAAAUACAGAAAGUAGGAUUUAAGUGGUUCCAAGUAGUAACAGACAGAACCUCUAUACAAAUAGGACAUCUAUACAAAUAGGAUGAUCACAUUCAGUAGAUUAUAAGCUUUGUAAUGAUGCCUUACAAGAGCCCUUUUGCAUGAAGCAUAUUCCAGUUACAGUAUGUUCACUUUUCAUAUUUUUAUAAAACCGUAUAGACUGCACAACGUCACACAGAGUGCUACUGAUCUUUUGGAUGCUGGUCAGGCAUGAUGGGGUAACGUGCACAUGUGGUAUGCAGCUUCUGGCAGAACAGAUGGAAACCAGUGUUAGUACUUGACUAGCGUAUAUGGACAAUAUCUAAUGCCAGUAGCCACAGGAUGGUGGGUGGCACUCCCUGUGUGUGCGGGAGAAGGGGCCCUACAUUAAAACCAGGGCUCUAGGGCACUUCAGCAUGUGUCCGUUCCCUUUGGCACUCCAUGGCAGUCUAGCAGUACAAGUGCUGGGAUGCUUGGUUGUUUCAGUCCUUCCACCCUGCACUUUUUUCACAAAUGUUGUUAGUAUUGUGGCUGUGUAGUUUCACUUUUAACAGAAACGCAGCAUAAUGUCCAUAAUCCACCCAAAAGGCCCCUUCAGAAAAUGGCUCAGUGGAGUUCUCUGAACCUGACAGCCGCCAUUGUACUGCAGGGUUAAGCAAAAUAACCUACACUUUAUGUAACAGGACCUGAACUCUGAGUUUGCCCCAUAUCACAUGGAGAUGAGUAUCCAGACAGACCAUAAAGAGCGAAGUCCUGCACACUUCCUCUCUCUUCUCCCCACUUCUUCUUGAGGUUAUGUUACUAAAGAAAAUACAUCUGUUCCCCCCUCCCAGUGGAAAACGGGUUUCAAAGUUAUGUAUUUAUUAAGGUGAUUCCCAAAGUGGGCUUCCAAAGACCUUUCUUAUCCCUUCUCCACACUCCCCCUGUAAAUCUCGCAUGUGUAUCGUGCAGUGUUUGCUGGCCUGCCACCUCCUCCCCAUGCAGACGCACACACUACUAAUGAGCUGCCAGGUAAAGCAACAGGUGAUUCCUUGAAUGCUCCCCACCUUCCCUGGCUGCUCCCAUUGCAGCCUUUGGUGAAGCUGGGGAGUGGGGUCAGAGCUACCCAAGAGGGCACAGAAAGAGAGAGAAACGAUGCAGAAGGGAAAGGGGGAAAAUACCCUGAAAAGAAGAGACAAGGUGUGGGAGGGUGAGAAGGAGACUGUGAAGGAAAGGAGAGAAGAGACUGGAGAAACAGCAACAACUGUUUGUGACAGGGAAGAGGAGACAGUUUGGGAACCACUCAGAGAGCAUGCCUCGGCCUUUGUAAGCCGGCCAGGAACCUGUGAAAUAAAGGGAAGAUCUCCGUAGAGGCUCUACCAGCAGGCCCCCAGCACUUUUUCUGGUAAUCUCUGCCUUAUUGGGAGGGUGAGGAGAGCCAAAUCUCCACCCCUCAACACUCUGAUGAUCUAGCUCCUGGGGUCUCUGGGGAAGCCACACUUUUGUCACAGCCUCAUUGUAACAAGGGUGCAUCUCUGCACCUGGUUCUCACUGGCUUCUGCAGACACAUUAGCCUCUCCAGAGCAAGUCCUGGUCUGUCCAUAUGCAGAACAGCUGAAGAGCUGUGGGCAGAGGGUUGGAUCAUUUGAUGACUACCUGUUCUAUUCCCUCUGACAGUGGCCAAUGCCACGUGCUUCAGAAGACAGGAUACUGGGUUCGAUGGACCUUUGGUCUGACCCAGUAUGGCCGUUCUUAUGUUCAGAGACUGCAGAAAUCCCUGAGAAGCCGUACAGUGCUUGCCUUACACUGACUGGGUUUUUUC